GACUAGUCAUAAUAAAAUGGCACACUUCAGAAUAUCAAGACAAAUGGAUGAAAACCAUGAAACGUGAGAUGCAACAGAAAAUAAGAAAGUCUUGGAAAGACAAGGAUGAUGAUUUCUUGAAUUUUUAUGCAAUAACGCUUGAAAAUUUCAAUCUCGAGGAAGCUGUAGAAGUUUGUUUCAGUGAAAAAGCUUUCCAAUGCACUGAGUUAUUGUUAUCAAAAUAUGCACCUACCAAUAAAAAGGGAAAGGAUAGAGGCUUUACUUCAAUGGCAACUUCAACCUUGCGAAAUAUAUAUUCUCAAUUCCGGACGCCAAGAUUUAUUCAAAUCUUUGACAAACUUUUUAAUAGAGAAUUACAUAAAGCUCAUUCCCCAACGAUAUCUUUUGAUAUGCAAGUUCUUCAAUUCAUGUUUACAUGGGCAUUUGCAUCUCAAUUUUUUCGUCUUUUUCAUGGUAAAGAAACUUUGUCUAAAUUUUCUCACGAAACGAAAGAAAAGAUCAUGCAUGUUACUGAAUCAUUCAAGUCCAUUAUUGAUUCAUUGAAGUCUGGAGACAUUCUCGUUAAACAACUGAAAUUGAUUCUUCAGAACAGAGAGAAACUUUUGGAAUUGAAUAAUGCAAUUCAAUUUCAUGAAGAGAGUUCUGUUGACAAAAUGGAUAAUUAUUUGACUCAUCUGAUUGAUCAACAAGAAACUCAGUUGAAAGCAUUCGAAACUGCACAAGAUCACGUCAGAGGAUUCAUUUCUGCUUGUUCAAAGCUAGAUGAAGGUGGGGAACUAAGGGCAAAUGUGACUGAACUACGACAAAAACUGAGCAAAAAUUUUGAUGAAGAAACAUUAUCAAGUAUAUCAUCUGAUUCACUUAAUCAAACUGGAAACAAACAAGCAACUUCUUUCUUCAAUCUAACAACUUCUGUUUUGAAACAGUUUCAGAUCAUCGACUUUAUCAAGGAUAGUAAAGUUUUCCAUGAAAUCUGGCAUCAGAGUGCUGUCGAGGCUAAGAGUUAUAGCACAGACUCAAAUUUUGAUCUGGGUGACUCUGGAUUGUGGAUUGUAAAAUGGACGCAAGUAUUAGAUGAAAUAUGGAAGCCGACCAGAAAUGACUUAUCAACAUUGGUGCAGGAUAUGGAUUCAGGUCAUUUGCCAAUGGAAACAGCGAGUGAAUGGUUUCGUCGUUGUGAUGGAGAACCUGAUGAGAUUAAGAAUGAAAUCAAGACUUUAUAUGAUUAUUAUGAGUUGGUUUCGAAGAAAGAAGAAAAACCUGAAGAGCCACCAAAAACGCAAGAACCAAAAGAAUCACCUAUGCAAGUUGAAGAAGAACCCAAAACAAGCGAGGAAGAAAAGAUGUCGGACGAUGGAGACGAAAACAAAUCUGAAAGUGAUUCCGAUUCUGAUAACGAUUCAUGGAAAAGUGAAAGCGAAAAAAGUUCAGAGGUAGAAAGUGAAAUUGAUUUAUCAGAUGUGGAAAGUGAACAGGAUGACAGUGAUGCUGCUUCAGAAUCAGAAGAAGAAGUCCAAUAUUCUGAUGUUGGAUAUAUGGAACUUCGAACUCGUCAGAUGUGUAAUUAUUUUCAACUUGAAAAAGCAAAAGAAACUAUUGACGUUUUACUUCAUUUGAAAACGGAAUUGAAGCUCAACGGUGACUUCUCUGCUAUUGAAAAGCAAAAGACAAGUCUUGAAAACAAAACAGCAACAUUAGAAGAACUGGCUGAUGAACAAGAAAUACCAUUUGUUUGCCAAAUUCCGAAAUCAGAUGUUGAUGUACUCAGAAAUUUCAUCAAAGAAAAGGAACUCAUUACCUGGCUGAAAGAAAAGAUGAAUGAUAUAAGCGAAGUAAAAGUAAUGUGUGAUCUUGCAAUGAUAUCGGCUGGUGAAACUCCAUAUGAAGUCGACAUUGUUUCCUGUUUAUUGAGUGCUGUUAUGGGCUUUGCUCCAUUGAUAUUUGAACUUGAUGAAGAAGCUGGAUUGAACGUUUUAUUGGAUAAAUGUAGAGCUGUUUGGAAGAAUAGAAAUGGGGAUGCUAAACUGAUGGACAAAUGGAAAGAUACUGGUAGUCAGUUGGCUUGGUUUCAAGGAAUUGAAAACUUCCACGGAUCAGUUGAGAAACAAUCUUUGACGUUUGCUCAAGAUAUUAACAAACGUGGAAUAUAUACAAUACGUAGAUUGAAUGCAAAAGAAUCACCAUCAGUGAAAAAUUGUAUCAAUCUCAUCUUACCUGAUAAAACUGACAGAGACAAAAAAGACGUUUUCCAGCUUGAAGCUCUUUGUGAUUUACAAUCCAAAUUGAUGUUGAUUGCUGGAGAAGCUGAGAUGGGACAAACAGACGUCACACAAUUUGUUGAAGUAUUAACUGCAGUACAGACACUUGCUGGUACUUACGUCAAGUUGGUUUCAUCUGGCUGUAUGCUGUUUAACAAUUGGUCGGCAGUUAUAACAUGUAAUGAUGUGACAAGCAAUACAAACAACCUUCUAAUUCAAGUAAAAUUCGCUGAUGAUGCUCAACCACUCAGUGGUACAGGAUCACUCAUAGAUUUGAGCAAGCUGUCAAAUAUUUUGAAUGAAUCACUUGAAAGGUGGAACCAUCACAUCAAUGCAAAGAGAAUGGAACAUUAUUUUCUAAACGAAUUCAAUAUUCAACAAAUUAUCUACCUUUGCCAUGAACUUGCUCUCUGCAGAAUUAAUCGCACUCUUCCCGAUCAGGUAUCUACACUAUUAUCCAGUGUUGCGACUGGUUUGUCGAUAAAAAAGGUUUGCGAAUUGCUUGACGAAGCAACAAAAAUUCGAGAUGAUGAAGUAACUAGUCAACAAGAAAAUCAAGAAGAAAAUAUGGAAACGGAAGAAAACGAAAACGUCAACCCUGAAUCAGAAGCAAAAGAUAAAGCGGUGAAUUUAUUGCUUCGAGAUGAAUCUAUAUCAGAAAAUGUCGCAAAAGCAGCAGUAGAAGCAGUCGGAUAUGAAGAUCUGGAAGGAUGUGGUGACUGGAUGCUAUUACAUGAAUAUGAUGAUAAACUGAUCGAAAAAUUAUGUGAGGAAUACGACAAGCAGAAAUCAUCUGAUACCGGGGCAUCAGUUCCAAAAAGAGAUGUAAUUGAAGAAAAAAAUCGUGCUGUUCGAAAACUAGUUGAUGAAGACCAGUUGGAGGAGAUUAUUGCAAAGGCAGCUGUGGAAGCUGAAGGUUAUGAAGAUAUUACUAAUUGCUUGAACUGGGCUUUGUUGAACACAUUUGAAGGCGACAUGAUCAAAGAACUUUCUGAUAAAUUUGAUCAAAGUGCAGGAUUCACUCAUCAGGAGAAACAGACUCGAGUGAUAACUUCAGUUCUUUAUAAUCGAUCUGAGAAUACUCUGAAAGAUGUUAUUGAUAGAUUGCAAGAACAAAUACAUGACGACGUUGGUCGAUCGUCAAAUGCAUUGAUUGACUCUAUCAACACUAUUUGUACGGGUUAUCAUGACGAGACAAGAGUCAUUACUCUACAAGACUCUCUCAGCAUCGAACAUUUUGGAAGAUUUCUGCGAUAUUUACAUGAUGGAGCAAGUCAAUUUUUGGUUCACAGAGAAUUAAUGCAACCCUUGCAUAAAGGAAGACCAAAUCUUAUUGUCUGUCCAGAACAUGAAAUUCUUCCUACAACAUUGUCAUUGUAUAUGUAUAAUAAAGAGCAGCCGUUACCAACAAGAUCUGAAGUUCUUCUGUGUUCAGAAGACACAACGGCAGACGAUGUCGAACGCUUUAUGAGAAGAGCAAUGUGCCAUUGCGAAAAUAUUGGACAACUACUUUUCAUUCUCGCAUUUGCUGACAAGUUGAGUUUUAAUGUAUCGGCCUCAACAGAGAAAAUCUUCAAUCAACUUUCUCAGGACGUGAGAACAAAUCAAAAUUAUCAACUUGUCAUAUUAUUGACUAAACAGCAGCAUUACUUGACUACUUGCUUUGACAAGUACUUGGUGGAAGGGAAAUGGAUCAGUGCAAGUGCUGAUAUAUCUUUGUAUCUUGAACAUCAUUUGAAAGUUAAUGAUGAUAAUUUGAUGAACAGCGCAGCUUGUGUUGAUAAAAAACAUUCCAUGGUUAAAGUUGUUUCGUCAACACGAUCUGGCGUUGGUAAGAGUCUUCAUGUGAAGCGUUUAUCAGAGGCACUUGAUGAACAUCUUUCGCCACUACUAAUGACAUUUCAUCAUGUGACGAUUCGUUUGUUGGAGAAAAAUCUCAGCACAGAUUAUGUUAUUGAAAGAUUAAAUCGUCGGAAUAAAAAUGAAUCUUGCAACAACGAUACAAUGCUCAUACAUCUUGAUCUAACUCCCGCUGUGCAACAAGGAAUCGAGACCUUUGCUUUCAACCUAUUUGUUCUGGGAAGUAUUCAAGAUAGUCAUGGUAAAGUUUGGAAACGUCAUUAUAAUCAUCUAUACAUGUUGGAAAUGACUGAUUGUGGACAUCAACGUGGGGCUCGCUACUCCCCAAGACAUAUUUUAAAUUUACUUCCGAGUAUCAAAUGUUUUUCUCCGAGAGAAGUUUUUGAAGAAACUCAGAAAAAUAAAAAUGAGGAAUAUCUUGGUAUGGAUGAGAAGGAAUUUCAUUCCGAUACUUUUCAACGUCCGUACCAGUAUCUAAUGCAUUAUGAUGACGGAAAAGACUUGGAUGCUUUUGUUUAUCAACGUUCAACAGGAACACCAAAGGAAUUAACUGGUGUCCUGCUCAAGCACUGCUGCAUGUAUAAUCCAUCAUGGGCACAGCUGAGACAUUUUGCAAGCUUCCUCAAUGUACAACUUCAAAAUUGUGAAAAUUCCAUUUUCUGUGACAAGUCUAUUGUUGGUCAAGAACUUCAAGGUUUAAAAGCGUUCGCUGUUCGUUUCAUGAUAAGAAUGUCACAGGACUUUGCUACACCCUCUCUCAAUAUCUCCGAUGAAAGUUCUGCGGAUUUUGAUAAAAGCGAUAAAGACGUAGCCGAUGGUUUACAGAUUUACCAAUUCCGACGAAAAUGGGAAGAAUCUACUCAUCCGUAUCUUUUUUUCAACGAAGAUGGUGCAACCAUGACGUUUAUUAAUGUUAAUAUCAGCGACGAAGGAGAUUUACUCGACAGAAACGGGGAAAUUGUAGAACCUGCUAUUAUCUCUAAGCAACUUGUCAAUGGCUUAAAAUUACAAAGAGUAUCAUUGGAUCUGAAUUUUGAUACGUUUACUCGUGAGCGGAAACUUAGAGUUUUAUGCCAAGUUAUGGGAAUUGAAGAUCUUUUUGAUCCAGACCCGACAUACGAGUUAACGACAGAUAACGUGUUGAAGAUUUUGGCGAUCUACAUGAGAUUCCGUUGUCGCAUACCUGUCAUUAUCAUGGGAGAAACUGGAUGUGGAAAAACAAGAAUGGUCGAAUUUAUGAGUCGUUUAAAAGCCGGUCCAUUUCACAAUCAAAUCAGGAAUAUGAUCACUUUGAAGAUUCAUGGCGGUAUAUCCGUUGCUGAUAUUUAUAGCAGUGUCCGUAAAGCAAGCCACAUUGCAGAUGACAAUAAAGCAAAUCAUAAAUUAAGUACGAUUCUUUUUUAUGAUGAAGCAAAUACAACAGAAGCUAUUUACGCGAUAAAAGAAGUCAUGUGCGACCUGACAAUAGAUGGAAAUUCGUUUCAGAAAUUACAAUUGCAACUUGUUGCAGCUUGUAAUCCGUAUAAACAAUUGUCGAAAGAAGCAAUUCGAAAGCUUGAAGAUUCAGGUCUGGGAUACAGAAUCAGAACCAGCGAAACUACACAUCUGUUUGGUGAUAUACCUAUGAGAACCUUAGUAUAUAGAGUAGUAGCUUUACCACCAAGUAUGCAACCAUUUGUCUGGGACUUUGGACAACUGAGUGAUGAAGCAGAAAGAAUAUAUAUUCAACAAAUGACAAGGAAAUUGGCGGAAAAACUCGAAAUUGAUCGUGAAACUAUACGAUUGGUGAACGCUGUAUUCUGUGAAGCUCAAAAUUACAUGAGAAGCAGACAAGAUGAGUGCAGAUAUGUGAGCCUCAGAGAUGUUGAACGAUGUGUUAUCACAUACGAAUGGUUUCAUAAACAUCGCGAAGUUCUUUAUCCAUUGAUCGAGACGGAAAUCAAGAAACGCUACACUCGGAUGACAAGAGAUCCGCCCGAUAUCAACAGCGAUCUGAGAACUUUGCUACAGACCAUCGGUGUCUGCUAUCAUGCAUCUCUUGACGACAGAAUUAAGUUCCGAGAAGCAAUCACAUAUGCUUUCGGUCUUGAAGGAAUGCUUGUUUCGGAGUUGACCAUUCGUGAAGAAAUUUCCGCAGCCCAAGCUGUUUUCUUACGAAAUAUGAAAAUGGAUGACAAUAUCGCGGCUAAUGAAGCUUUACAAGAAAAUGUUUUCAUGAUGACGGUGUGUGCUGACAUGCGUAUUCCGCUUUUCCUGAUUGGUAAACCCGGAAGCUCAAAGUCUCUCGCCAAAACUAUUGUUGGUGAUAACAUGCAAGGUGGAACAUCUCGGUCACCUCUUUACAAAAAAUUAAAACAGGUCCACAUACUGUCUUACCAAUGCAGUGCAUUGACUGAUGCUGCAGGUAUUGAAAGUGUUUUCAAACAAUGUGCUCAACUGCAAGUUCAACAAGAUUUAGAAUCUUACACGGCUGUUGUUGUUCUUGAUGAAAUAGGCUUAGCUGAAGAUUCACCAAACAUGCCGUUAAAGGUUUUGCAUCCUCUUCUUGAAUGUGGAAGUACGGCAAACAAUAGUUUAACUGAAUAUGACAUCACAAAAAAAGUAGGAUUUGUCGGAAUAUCGAAUUGGGCUCUUGACCCAGCAAAAAUGAAUCGAGGAAUUUUUGUGACAAGAAACAAACCUAAUAAAGAUGAUCUGAAAAAAACAGCGAAAGGAAUUUUUGAAAAUCACAAAAGCAAGAUUAAUGAGAAUCUUGAUCUUCUUGAGAGGUUAACGCAUUCAUAUUUAACAAUCUAUGAAGCACAAGAAGUGGAAUAUUUUGGCUUACGUGACUAUUAUAGUUUGAUUAAAAUGAUACAUGCGAUUUGUACUUCGUCAAAAGAUGCUAAACUAACGCCUGACGAUGUUGCCAACGCGAUUCAUCGCAAUUUCAGUGGGGGAAAGAAGUCGCAUUUCGAAACAUUCAGAGAAAAUAUUGAAUAUCUCUUCCGUGGAGGUUUACAAUCAUCUGUACCCAUCCGGAAGAUGAUAUCUGAUAAUCUUCAAGAGAAAGAAAGUCGAUUUUUGUUAUUGUUGACGAAUCAAUUUUCCGCGGCUAAUUUGUUGCAUAUGUGUAUGGAUGAUUUUGAACAACGCGCUCAAGUUGUUUUCGGAUCCAGUUUCCCUGGUGAUCACAAUUAUACUGACAUUUGCCGAAAUAUUAAUAGGAUAAAAGUGUGUAUGGAAACGGGCAGAACAGUUGUUCUCCUAAAUAUGACGGAAAUUCAUGAAUCUCUUUACGACGCUCUCAAUCAACAUUAUGUCACAUUUGGAGGUCAAAGAUACGUGGAUUUGGGCCUUGGAGGUCAUCGAGUGAAAUGUAGAAUUGCAGACAACUUCAGGUUAAUCGUUGUUGAACAGAAUAAAGUCGUUUAUAGUAAAUAUCCAAUUCCGCUUAUCAACAGACUUGAAAAACAUCAUCUUGAUUCCAAGAGUCUUUUAUCACCAAACCAAACUGAAGACGCUAAUUCUUUGACAGUAUGGGCUGAUAAUUUUGCAAAUAUUAGAGGAAAAGAAUUCCUGAGCAAAGACGCUUUUGUUGGUUUCCAUGACGAUACUGUCUGUUCUGUUGUGUUGACGACACAAAGCAAUGAUGAAAAUGUAUACAAAGAAAUAUUAUUGCAAUCGGCAGGCAUGGAUGCCAUAUUCAGAUUGCCAGAAUCUCAAAUCGGAGGAGAAAUUGAAACUAUACAGAAGCAAUAUCUACAACGACAAUGUCACGACAGCCUUUUACUUCUACUUAAAGAAGUUUUGAAGAUGGAACAACGCUGUCCAUUGUUUGAAAUCACAUCUUACUCAAAUAUACUUUCUGAGAGCGACCGACAAGAACUCGAAACCGGACUCAAUUUGAAAAAUAGCGUGAUGCUUCUUUCGCUUGAACAGUUUGAAACGGAGCAAGAAUAUGCAAGUAAACUCGAUGAUUUUUUUUCAUAUCAAAAGAAAGCAACUUCUGAUACAAAAGCAGGUGUACUUUUAAUUCAGUGUUCCCAGUCACAAUCCCAAGGACAACUUAUAGCAUGUGCAAAAUACUGCUUGACUAAUAAAAUCAAAGAAUUGAACACUUUGAAUGCAAGUAAUUUGAAUAACAAGAAAAUUGUCGUCGCUUUUCUGUUAUCGACAGAAAGAGAAGGCGCCAAUGAUGUUUCAGGUGACUCGCUUUUGCUACAGCACGUUCGAGAUAAUCAGAUAGUGUACGUUGAUGAACUGAGACCAACAAAUAACGAUAUUGCACCUGCGAGUCAAUUUUACAAGAAGUCUCUUUGUGAGGUCCUAAGAAUGGGUCUCGAAGAACUGGAAAGUGAAAGACAGGAGGGUUCUUUGGUAAAUAUCAUAUCUUUGCUUCAAGAUUGUGUUUGUGAAGCGGUUGCAAAAGUUAAAAGUCGCUUGAGUAAAAGCGAGCGCUAUUUCGAUCGAGUUCGAAUUCUGACAGAACUUUGCUCUGAGACAACGCCUAUAAGUAUACAUUUUCGCAAAAUUCUUCUGCAAAAAAUGAUUGAUUUAUACUCCCAAAGAGAGGAACAAAUUUUGCUGAUGGGUGGAGAUUGGAUCACAAACGAAGCCUGUAACCGGGAAAGCCUUCAAGAGGGUGGCACGUUUCGUAAAACUUUGUGGCUAUGUUUAAAGCGACACGUCUCUCGCAUGAUGGCUUAUAUAAUCAGUAUAUCUGAUCGUCAUGAUAAUCUAAAUCUGUUGUUAAAAACUGGAGAAACUGCAUGGAAAGCUGAAAUGUGGCUCAAAAUAUUUCAAGCUCUGCCGCUCUCUUGGUCUUCUAUCGGUGGCGCUCGAGAAUUUCUCAUCACAGCACCUCAACAUCAUAAGUCUACUAUUGCCUGUACUGUGCCUUUUAGUUAUGAGCUACACGAAUUUUUCACCAAUCAAUGGGAUACUUUGUAUCAACAGCAAUCUCCAAACAUGCAUGAGAUUUUUUACUCGCUUUUUCGAGAAUCACCAUUAUUUGAAAUUGCAGGAAAUGCAUUAAGAGUGGCAAAAGUGAUUAAUAUGAUAAAACUAUAUGCUUUGGAUCUUCUUCACAAUGUCUAUGUACCGGGGUCUGAUAAUCCGAAAGAGUUUGAGGCAGUGAGAAAUGUCAUCCACGCGUUCUCUAUGAAGAAAUACCAAGAUCUACGAAAGAUUUCUGGAUUUACAAACGGUGAUGAAUUUGCUAUGGUUUUCUUAACAUAUCAAGAACAUCAAAAAUAUCUAAAAUUAUUGGCUGAAAUUUUCAGAGCUUGUCCGGAAAUGGUCGGAAAAGCAGAUGAUUGGGUGAAAAAACAGCAAGCGUUCAAUGACUUUCGUAUCCAUAUUUUUGCAUUCAAAAGUGUAAUGGAAUUAUUGCAAGAAAAAGCAGAAUCUUUAAAUGAUGCCAACUCUUGUCUUGCAUGGAAAAAUCUUAUGACUACCAUCAAAAGAAUUUUCAAAAAAACCGUCGAUUAUAUUUAUGAUGAAGAAGCGAAAAAGGAAAUACAGGAGAAAUGGACUCCUCUGAUUGUUGUUGAUCUGUUAAUCGGACAUGUUCUUCCUAGUUCUAAUGUGGAAGAAGUUUUUAAAAGAUACCUGUCUGUAAUUGCUCCACAGGUUAAACUACUGUGGAGAGGAAUAGCAAAAACUGAUAUCAGAAGUUAUCAAGUGUUGCGCAUCGUGUCAAACGUUUUGCGCAGGUUGCACGACGAUAUUAGACUAAAGAUUCUACUAAAUUGGCACAAAGAUUUUAAUUGUAGAUUGUGCAGAAAACGAGUUGAGAACCCAACCUUUUUACAGUGUGGUCAUUUCACAUGCGAAAUGUGUAUUUUGCGUCUAAUGGCCGCUGCACAAACUGGAAGAAGGUGUCCUACAUGUGCUGGAGAGAUCUCGGAAGAAGAUAGCCACCCAAAACCUGCUGUUUUGAACCCCGACCAGAUGAAAGAAUUGGAAAAUUUUCAGUCGAAUUGUACAAGUUUCUUUAUGGAAUAUCUGCGUCAAUUUUGCUUCGCACCCUUGGAAGGAUCUCAAGCGAAACCCAUGGAAAUGCAGAUCAAAACACUAAUACGAGAACUGGUUAUACAAGCACCUGGCAAUGAAAGAAAAGAAAUCGUGAAUCCUUCUUUGGACUUGAACAUCAACGCAAGGAGUAGCAUAUUACGAAUUUUAAUGGAUUUUGAUCCUGAAAUUGUGAAAAAUGAACUCAAUGAAUGGAUGGCUAAAUCGAAAAGAUCACAGUUGAGGGAUAUAACACUCGUAAUUACGAAAUGUUUUGAAGAUAAACUCAUUCUCGAUUCAAUACCGUAUCAACCGAAUCGAAUUUCAUAUCUCGAUCGUUGGGAAAAACUUCUAGGUGCUGCAUGGAGAAAAAUUUUAUUGAAUGAUGAAUCCUUGACUAAAGUUUCUAUUCUGCAAGCGGUCGCUGAAAUACGACAGUCUAUAUCCAUAUCGACAAGCUGUAUUCAAGAUAUUUUUCAAAGAGUCGACAUUGAUUAUGAAAUUACAGCAAAGUCAGAUAACUUUGUCAGUUUUGCUGUAAAAAUUAUCAUUGAUGAUACCAGUGAAAGUGUUCUUAAAGAAUUCAUCAUCAAAAUUGCAUGUCGAAUAUACGGAAGUGACUGGUUUCACCAAUUAAGAGACAAUGCUGUCUUAGAGGACCUCAUUCCGAUCUCGCUUCUUGAAGCCAGCGAAGACAAAAAUAAAACUGAUCGUUGGCCAUUGUUGGGGAAAUCCUACACCAAAGCAAAAUCUAUGCUUUAUAAAUCGCCUGCUACAGAUGUUGAAAAGUUAGUCAACAGUUUACUUCCACCUGACGCUCCUUUGAAUCGACUCGGAAAAAUUCUGUCAUUGUUUACAUGGUCGCUCAAUAAACCUGAUGAUAUCAAAACCACGGUUUCGGAAUGUUUGAAAAACAAUCCAGAUGCCGGUACUCAUUUUUUUGCUUUCCUAAUCCAUCUACAAAGCAAUUUUAUACCUAUGUUGAAAGCAAUACCACAUAUUACUGAACAGCAAGUCCACACUUUAUAUCAGUUAGUGACCUUAAUUGUCGCCAUGGUAACAGCGAGAAGUCAUAUGAUGGAUGGAUUUCUUCAUCUUCUGACACGGCCGAGUAUCAUAAGAAAUAUGUUUUUACCUGCGAUGCCAGAGAAUCCAUAUUUUUCUACACCUGUUGAAUAUCGUCGUCAAGGAUAUAAUACUUUAUACACUUGUCCUAAUGGUCACAUCUAUACAAUCGGAGAAUGUACGCAACCAAUGCAAACAGCUAAAUGUGCAGAUUGUGGUGCUACUAUUGGUGGAGCAGCCCACAGACCAGCAGCUGGUAAUCAACGCCAUGCAUUAUUGAAUGAACAAAGUCAAGCUGGUUAUAAGUUGAAUCAAAUGCAAGGAAAUGUCGGCGAUCCUGCCGAUAGAGUUUCGAAACAAGGGGCAGCCGUUAUUCAGUUUAUUCUUCACUCUUGUAUGCUUAUUGGACUCAACCACGAAGAAGCUACCAUAGUUGGAAUGCUGAAUACUAGCUCUAAAUCCGAAUCUCAGAAAUAUUUAGUCAAACAACUUUUGACUAAUCUCCAAAACAUGUCUAAUGCACUGGCAAGAAAUAUGGAUGACACUAUUUUGGUUUUGUACAAAAUUAUUCUCAGAGUGUUAAAUCAGAGAGAAGGCCCUCAACCUCCAGAUUGGUCGACAUUGGACAAACGUAGAGAAUGGGAAACCAUGUUCAGACAACAAUAUUUGCUUCCAGUAUUUCAAAAUCUCGAUGAUGUCAUCACAGAAGCACAAAAUACAAUUAAUGAAGCAGAAGACCAAUGUAGUGUGGCUUUACACAGGCUUGUUCAUGAAGUCCACGACAAUCCACAUCUUAAUGCAACGGAUUUUAAAUGGAAUGAUCCAAUGUUGUGGAAAACCAUUGAGCAUUCGACUUCUGCUCGGUUAAUCCAGUAUCUUGGUGAUGCAACUGAUGUUGAAGAAGGUGUACUGACAACAAUUCUACAUUCUCCUGAUCUUGAAUUAGUUAAAUAUUUGAGACCUGUGCUCGAACUUCAAAAUGCACUUAUACAAAAAUAUCAAAAUGAAACAGACAUGAAUGACACAGAACAAAUUAAAUUGAAAGACUUCUUGAGAGAGGGAGGACAUUCAUAUCAAGAGCAUGUUGAAAAAUACAUUGAAGUUUGGAACAAGGUUCAUAUCAAGUUGAAAGCUCGACUUUCUCAUGAAAAAAGACUGACUGAAUAUUUCCGUCGAAUCACAAGAACGAGCCCAAUAUCAAUGGGUUUACCCAGUACAAGAGGAAGAGGACAGUGUGCAAAAAUUUUGGCAGAAUAUCUCAUCGACCUACAAAAUGCAUUUCUCACUAAAUGUAAACAAGUUAUGCCUGGUGAUGAAAGCAUCGAAGAAGCCGAAGUAUCUCAGUUACUUCAUACCCAUUACGUACAGAUUGAUAAACAAGAAGACUUACUGCCACUUAUCCAUAUGCAUACUAAAUAUAACAUCAUCAAAAAUAGCCAGGGAAGACAUCACAGAUUUUCAUAUAACAUCAAUGCAUUAGAAAAGCAGACCAGAGAAAAUUUUGUCAUGUACAAGAAACUUAUCGCGAAACAGUCUCUACCAUGCAUUCAAUACCCGCAAGAUAUCGGAAUUGGUUCUGAUUGGGAUAAAGUACUGAGCAAUACUUCUCAGUUGCCACUAUCUGCAAAACUUGCUCAGGAUGUUGACAGAAUUAUAUUAAGAGUUACAUCGGCUGAUGUUUGUGAAGGUGUCAGAACGUUAACUCAGGCCAUCAGCUUUCUUGCUAAGGUGAAAAGCAACGGAAAAAGAUAUCUGUACGAAUUCUUGGAAAAAGAUUUACUACUUUCUGCUUCUCGUACUUCAGUUAUACCGAGAACUGUACAGAUAGAACAUACUUUGUCUUUAUAUAAUCGUCUGUCGUGGCAUAAAUCAGUUCAUUUCUCUAAGCGGGGUUUGAACCCAUACAAAGAUGCCUUGUCUACUGUUGAGCAGAGUCAAAUCACCAACAGAGAAGUUUUGGCUAAAUUGAAGGAAAUUUUUGAGCAUUCUGACGUGAUUCUAUUGCAACAACGAUUGAAUGAAAUGUUAAUCAAAAUACCGGACUUUAAUGCUGAUUGGAGUUUGACGGAUAUAUUCCCCUACUUUGAUUUCAUUGGAGACAAUGGAGAAGACGAUACAUGGUAUUCCAGACUUCCUGAUGAAAUUUGUUUCAAGCAUGUCGCUCACUUGUUUUCGCUUGCAGUUCAGUUUACAAAUCACCAAGCAGCCUAAUAUUCAUUAUAUAGUGUGAUAAUGAUAAAUAAUCUUCUUAAUAUUAUUUUGAAAUUAGCUUUUACCUAAAAUAACUUUCUGUAUAUGUAUUUAAUCGUGUUUUUAAUUGAAGCUUUUUCUAAACAUGGGUCAGUAACGACUCCAUGGCAUGCUUCAUCUUUGUCCAUGCUUGGUUUGAUAACAAGUAUGUUUAUUCUAAUACCAUUUUUUUUUAUCUUUUCCAUCAUGCAAAAUAAAAACAUGUGUGUGCUACUUUGGUAUGCGAUCUCAACAGGUGGGAACUGGAUUCUAUGAGAAUUUCUUUAAACACGAUCGAGAUCGCAUACAAAAUGGUAUCAACAUAUGUUUAUUUAUAAUUGACGAAAAUAGGCAUCUUGCCUAACUCUUCACAAUAUUUUGAUUUCUAGCUUGUUUAUGUAACACCUGAUCCUGUAUGUACUUCUGAUUGUAUUGUACUAUAAUAGACUAUUAGUGAAUGUUCCUUUGAAAAAAAUGUCGAGUCCACUGCAAAUUAGGCAUACUUUGUUUGACAAACUGACCAUCUCACUCAUGUCCUGUGAAUUGAUGUAUGCAAGAAAAGCUCUAAGCAAGUGAGAUUUUAUAGAUAGAUUUAUUGAUUUGUCAACCAAAAAUAUAAAUGAAAAGCAUACAUACAAAUAAAUAUCCAUCCAUCUUAGCAUGAAACGUUGAUGCAGUUAAUGUUAUUUAUACCUUUAUUAAGUUCCAUUAAUCAAAAAUGAUAUUAUUGAAUGAAUGAACCCUUAGCACCCAAAGGUGCUGUGUAUAGUCGUUCAUUGUGACAAUGACAUUUUAUAAUUUACUGUUUUACAUCUAUGCAGUGAGCUGAUCUCACAAUGGCAUAAUCAGAAACUGCGUGUUGGAUCUUACUUUUUCCGCAUUCCUAGCCGGUUUGUUUGUAAACUGACAUCCCCCUGUAUUUGUGUGUCUUUUUAAGCUGUAAUUUCAAGUUUAUAUUUUCAGCAAUGAUGCUAUCAUUCCAUAGUAUACUAUGCUCCUAUAAUUUCUUCAGAGAGUUAGCUCAAUAAAAUGCUCCUAAUUA